AUGGCAACUGCUGCAUCGGUUGGCUCUGCUUUGGAGAAGAUUGGCGUUCAUCUUGAGUGCAGCAUCUGCACAGAUAAAUACAAGCAGCCGAAAGUACUGAACUGCCUCCAUAGCUUUUGUGAGGAGUGUCUCGUAAAAUACCGUGAUGGCACAUACGGAGGAGCACCACAAAUCCCUUGCCCGGUGUGUCGUCAGGAGACGGUACUUCCACAGUCUGGCAUCCAGGGCCUCAAAACCAACUUCCAUUUGGUUGGUUUGAUUGAUGAGUUUGAAUUACAGGAAAAAGUCGCAUGCUUAGGUGAAGCAAAGCUCAUCUGUCAGGUGUGUGAUAAGGGAAACGAAGCCAAAGAUCGCUGCUUGGAUUGUGAGAUGAAUAUCUGCCUGGACUGCUGCAAGACACACCAGCAAUUUCCCAUGUUAAAGACGCACAAAAUAUUAAGUUUUGAUGACAUUCGUCAGGGAAAGGUGAGCGUGCCUAAACUAGCAGACGAGUACAAAUGCCAGAAUCACAAGGAGAGCGUGAAAUUCUACUGCAAGACAUGUGACGAGCUGAUCUGCCAUGCAUGUCCUGUUUUAGAUCACUCGAAACCCGAUCAUGACAUCAUUGACAUCGGAAAAGCUUCAAAAGAAUUCAGACAGUCACUGAAGAGUGGCUUUUCUGCUUUCGAAGAAGACAUAACAGGCCUUGAAGGAUCUCUACGGGAUGUGGCUGCAUCUAAGAAGAUUUUAUACUCCAACACGGCAAAGGCUCGAAAAAAGGUGCAGGACAGAGCUGCUGAGGGCAAAGCAAAGAUCAAUGCUGAACAGACACGACUCUUCGAUGAGAUCACCACGCAGGAAAAGGAACAAAAUAAGCGAUUGGACGAGCACGAGAAGAAACUGAGUAACAUGCUGCAGAGAAAGAAACAUUGCCUACAGACCAGCCAAGAAGUAACGAGAAAUGCAUCCGAUACCCAUUUCCUUUCUCUCCAUCCCGUCAUCAGCAAAGACAUGGACAAUCUCAGAGGUCAACCACCUCCCACGAUGGCACGAUUGAAGUUGCAUCCCGUGUUCGCUAAGAGCAAGAAGCUUGACAUCGAUCUGGGCAAGGUGAUGGUGGAAGACACAUGGGAGCAGCUUCAGUGCUUUGGAAAGCAGGGGAGUGGUGAAGGGGAGUUUGAAGUAGCCAAAGGCAUUGCUGCUGCUGCUGACCCUGACGAGAUUGCUGUGACUGACUGGAAGAACAAGCGAGUUGUAAUCUGCAAUAAAAACGGGCCUACUAAGAACUACCUUCCAAUAAACGCAAAUGACGUUGUUGCUGUAUCGAAUCAGUGGGUGUGUGCUAACGUCGGCAAGAUGAUGGUUUACGAUAGGGACACCACGCACAAGUUUGAUUUCCGCACAGUGCCAGAGGAUGAGGUUGGCAAGACAGUCGUGAAGCUCGUGAGCGUGGCUGUCAUGCCCAACGGUAACAUCAUAGCGGGUGAUGAGGAGAGAAAGGUGUUGACUGUGCACAAUCCCAGGAAUGGUGAGAUCCUACACACCAUGCCAGUGAACAUAACACCUAACUUCUUGGCUGUACUAGGCAAUGGUUGGAUUGUGGUCAGUGAUUGGGGGCAGGGAGUAAUGGAGAAAGUGGAGGUGUCUAAUGGCAAGGCUGUGACUGUAAACACAAUCCAGCCAACAAUCGACGGUAAACCGGUGAAAUCAUGCAGGGGUGUGUGCAGCAACAGCUCGGGUAUCUACCUUGUAGUGAGCACAGGGUACUACAACGGUGGUCACAUACACCACUAUAACUGUGCAGGUCAGUUUGUCAGCUGCGUGUCCCAGGGGCUGUACAGCCCCCUAGGAAUCACAAUCACAGUGGACGGGCAGCAGCUGGCAGUGGCUGACCUGUACUCAGUAAAGAUAUAUCACAAGGUGUGA